UGGCUUCUGAGAACGUGACGCGUGUCUAUCCCCAGAUUUCCAACAACGUGCACCGGAUUUGAUCGGAGUUGAGUUUCGGGAGAUUUCUUGAGUUACUGUUUUCGUUGAGAAUCAAAAGUGAUUGAAGCACCAACGGUACUCGCCAUAUGAUCAGAAGAUCACACUGUAUGCCACGCGGAGGGAAUCUCCUUAUGUGGCAUUGAAAUCUCUGUUUCCAGGUUUUAAUGUGUCACUGAAGACAGAUCAAGAUGCGCCUCAGUUUUGUCUUUUGCAGCGUUCUUCUUCUUGUCAGUGAAACCGUGGCUUCUGAAGACCUGAUUGUAUUACGACUGGUCGAUGGAGACAGUAUUUGCUCUGGAAGAGUAGAAGUCUACUACAAUGACACGUGGGGGACAAUCUGCGAUGAUUACUGGGACAUGGCAGAUGCUGUGGUUGUCUGUCGGCAGAUAAACUGUGGAUUCGCUGAAUCGGCAAGAGGGUCAUCUCAAUUCGGUGAAGGUGUGGAUGACAUCUGGUUGGAUGACGUGGAGUGUGUGGGAACUGAGACGAACUUACGUCAGUGCCAAAUCAGGCCAAUCGGGGAGCAUAAUUGCAAUCACAUAGAGGACGCUGGUGUAAUAUGCAAUCCUGAUCACCCACCGAAACCAACUAUCUACAAUGGCAAAAGAUCUGGUGUUUUUAUUAAAGGAGAAGACCUGAAGAUAAAAUGCAGUACUCAAGGUUUCUACACUUCGACAAUGUUCUACCUCUACAAAGACAACGGCAAUACCCCCGUCAUAACCAAAAACCCUACAAAGAGGCAGUUUACUGCUACGUUUGUAAUUUCGAACAUAACAGAAAAACACAAAGGAAAUUACAGCUGCAGUUACGAUUCUCAAAUUUCUGGGAGAACAUUUAGAUCCGCAAAGAGUGACAAUAUAGACGUUCUGUUGAAAGAAUUCCUCCCUCCACCAGAGAUUACCCAUUUCCGAACUCCCAGUGUUAUUGUGGAAGGUCAAGACAUUACCUUCAGAUGCGAGGCACCGGAGCAAUAUGAUGAGUGCAAGUUUUAUUUGUACAAAGACAAUGAAAAUAACUUAAUUAGUUCCCAGACGGCAUCCGACUCGUUAUCACAGGCUACCUUCAAUAUAACGCAGAUACAAAAAAGCGACGGAGGCAGUUACUUCUGUAAAUAUGAAGUAUUUUUGUCGAAGCAUCUUCAUUUAAACUCGUCCCUGAGCAGUAGCCUAAAUAUUACAGUGCAAGGUGGUAUAAAGAUCAGACUUGCGAAUAAGGAUAAAGAUUGCGAUGGAGAAGUGGAAGUUUACUUCAAUGGCACUUGGGGAAAAGUCUGCGGAAACGGCUGGCACAUUGCAGAAGCACAAGUUGUCUGCCGGCAACUCGGUUGUGGCUUUGCGAAGAGCGCCUCUCCCAGCGAACGCUAUCCGAUGGGAGUCAACGAAGUUCAACUGAACUACGUUCAUUGCCUGGGCACUGAAACGCUCUUGUGGAACUGCCAUUCGCUCUCCUGGACAGAGAACACCUGCUACGGUUAUUUCAGAGCAGAAGUAACUUGUUCAGAACAGCCCCUCAAGCCAUUAAUUUCCGUCUUCCGCUCACCGAGUGUUUACAUGCCCGGUGAGAACGUGACAGUCCAGUGUACCUUUUCUUCCUUCUACACUGGGAGUCAGAUGUUCCUGUACAAAGUCAGUGAGAAGAAACCGCUGUUGUCGAUGCUGAUUCCGGAGAACGAAAAAUCCGUAAACUUCACAAUAGUCAAUGUUCAGAGCAAGAAUUCCGGGAAUUACACGUGCAACUACGAAAUAGAUGUGUCAGAGUUGAUAUUCAGCUCGGAACAGAGCGACCAGCAAACGAUAACUGUCAAAGAUGAACCGCCUGAGCCCGUACUCUCCGUGGAGAACUAUCCCCCAAGUUAUCUUCCGGGUCAGGAAAUAUCCCUCCACUGUAUAGCGCCGAUUUAUUUCAAGGUUCACAAUUAUUACCUGUUUAAGGACGAUAAAAAGAACUGCAUCCGUUCCCAUGCCGUCACUGCCGAGGAUAGCAUUGCAUUAUUUAAAAUCACGGCCGAAAGUAGCAAAGAAGAAGGUGAUUACACAUGCCAGUAUGAAACUAACUCAACGGGAAAACUGUACAAUUCAUCGCACAGUGACCCUGUAAAAAUCACGGUAGUUGCCGAUAUAAAACUGAGACUGGCGGAUGGGCCAGGCCCGUGCUCUGGAAGAAUUGAAUGCUUUGUGAAUGCAACUUGGAGGACCAUAUGCGACUCCAACUGGGACCUUCCAGAUGCGGACGUUGCUUGCAGGCAGCUGCAUUGCGGAUUUGCACGGUCGGUGACGCGGAGCGGAGAUUUUGGGGAAGGGGUUGGGCCGGCGUGGGCGGAGAAUUUCAAUUGCAAAGGCACAGAGACCUACUUAUGGGGAUGCCCCUAUGACGCAGUUCACCCACAUUUGUGCGCCAUGAAAAACGACGCUGGAGUUACCUGUUCAGAUCAACCACUGAAACCAAAUAUCAACAUGAGGAGGACGCCGGGUAAAAUUUCGCAAGGGGAAAACGUAACUAUCGACUGUUCCUCGCCAACGUUCUACCAAGGUGCAACGUUUUACCUCUACAAAGUCGGCCAGCCUGCACACGUGCAAUCCAUGAAGGCAGCGGCUACCUCGAAUGGAGUCACGUUUGUCAUCACGCAAAUAAACACAGCGCACGAAGGAUUUUACACUUGCACCUAUCAAGUGGAAAGAGAUGGAAGAAGUUAUACGUCGGAUAGAAGCGAUCGGGUGCAAGUCAUUGUAAUAGAUAAACCACCAAAGCCAAAUAUUGAAAUGUUAAGACCAUCUGGUGUAUAUUCAAUAGGCGAGACGGUGGGUGUCAGGUGCACGGCGCACAAUGCCUAUGUCGGCAUGGUUUUUGUAUUGUUCAAAAUUGAAAAAAGUGCCUACAUCACCGCGGCCGUUGCAAAGACACCCGGCUUCUCCACACUUCUGUAUCUUAAAGACAUACGAUCCAAAGAUCAGGGAGAUUACAUUUGCAUCUACCAACUAACAAGAUUGGGGAAGGUUUAUAACUCAACACGCAGUGACCGUAAGCAGUUAACUGUAUCCAAUGAGCUACAGAGUCCACAGGUUUCCUUGAAUCGACCACUUGGUCAAUACCUGCAAGGUCAAGAUGCAGAUAUCACAUGUUCCGCUCCGAAGGUAUACACGAGCUUUACUUUCUCGCUCUACAAAUCCGGAAACACCAACGUUAUUGCGUCGAUUGGCCCAAUCUCAGACUGGUCUGCUGUUUUGACAAUUAAACAAAUGGACAGUAGCAAGGAAGGUUCUUAUAGUUGCACGUACCAAACGUCCAUUUCAGGCAAACUUUACACGUCAGCUCACAGUGAAUUGGUCAACGUAACUUUAGCACGCGAACCAGAGGGUGCGAAGCUCACUCUGACCACAAUGUUUGGUUUGUACGUCCAAGGAAAAAGUGUUCGAAUCACAUGCAUUGCGCCCGAGUAUUACACGACACGCACGUUUCGUUUAAUUAAGGAUGGCAAGGAUACUCAAAUGGAGUGGGUUUCCACUCAAUGGACCAACCAUGGCGCUGAGUUCAGAAUUCCGAAGGUAACAGUGUCCGAUAGUGGAAAUUACACAUGUACCUAUGAAACUGAAAUAAAUGGGAAGGUAUUUAACUCCAGCUACAGUAACUUCGUGUCGAUAGAAGUUGCAGAACGUGUCGAAAUCCGUCUGCUUAACGGAAGCAAUGCCUGCUCAGGUAGAGUGGAAGUUCUCAACAAUAAAACGUGGGGUACUGUCUGCGACGAUCAAUGGCAAGUUGAAGAUGCCCAGAUUGUAUGCAGGGAGCUUGGAUGCGGGCACGCUAUAUCCGCGAAGACUCACGCGUAUUUCGGCAAAGGGACUGGGCCGAUAAUUCUGGACGAUCUGAGCUGCCAAGGGACAGAAUUAUUUCUCUGGCAAUGUCCUUCGCGCCAUUGGGGUCAACAUAACUGUAACCACAAUGAGGACGCUGGCGUAAUUUGUUCGGGUCCAAAACCGAGAUUGUCAUUGAGUCCAGAUUAUGACGUGUUUCAGAAAGGGGAGUCCAUCACCUUCAAAUGCACAAUACAAAAACACAAUACAAGCAAACGACUGGAAUUUUUAAGAAACAGCGUUUAUCUUACGCACGUGGAACUGAAUUCCGAGGAUAACUCUGCAACUUUUAGUAUCAAGGAGCUGGAAGAGAAUGAUCAAGGAUUUUAUUCCUGCCGGUACACAUACUUGACGGGAAACCAGUGGAUAGAAUCAUCAGCAAGUGACCCCUUGCAAUUGACUUUCUCAGAUACACCUUUAACUAGAAGACGAAAUUCCGCAGGAACCAUGAACCGGAAAGGGAUGAUUGGUCUUUCUGUUGGCGUGAUACUUUUUAUCGUGAUCGGACUCUUCGUAGUAAAUCGCUACAGGAAAUCUGGAUAUAUUUGGGAAAGAAAAGGAAGCCGGGUUCACAACUUGCAGCCGUUAAUUACAAACCAGGAGGAUCAAGAACGCGGUGAAGAGAUCGACGACGAUAGUUCAAUAUGAACAACCGACCAUUUCAUUUCGUGGGUAAUAUUUGCAUCGCGCAAGUGGAAGUAGACCGCCCACCUUGUGUCAUGAAGCUCCUUUGAAAUAAAACAGUUUGCAUUUUCCUCUC